AUGAGUCUCCGUCCAAAACAAAAGUCGUCAUCCACUUCGGUAUUUCUGAAAUCUCACAAGUUCUCGCUGACUUCUCAUAUCCUAAGGAAAGCAAAGAAGCGCGAGACGAUGGAUAGUGCAGAGCGUCGACGAUCCGAGACCGAUAUCGGAGGUGGCCCCAGAAAUAGUGCGGAUGCUCGGCCGAGUCUUGAUUUGUCCUCCGAUCCGAUGCUCGAGUCGAAUCUUGCCCUUCGUAAACUCUCCGAAGCUUUUGCUCAACGGAUUGAAGGCAAAGCAUUCGUCCGUCGUGGAGCACUUCGUCAAAAAAAUGUGCAUGAAAUCAAAUCGCACAAGUUCAUCGCGAGAUUCUUCAAGCAACCAACGUUCUGCUCUCAUUGCAAGGACUUUUUGUGGGGUAUAACUAAACAGGGAUUCCAGUGCCAAGUCUGCACUCUCGUGGUGCACAAGAGAUGUCACGAAUUUGUCAAUUUUGCGUGUCCGGGAGCCGAUAAAGGAGUGGAUACUGAUGAUCCUCGGCAACAACACAAAUGGAAAGUUCAAACGUACUCCUCACCAACAUUCUGUGAUCACUGUGGAUCUCUUUUGUAUGGUUUGAUUCACCAGGGAAUGAAGUGUCAAUCCUGUGAUACAAAUGUUCAUCAUCGGUGUGUUAAGAAUGUUCCAAACAUGUGUGGAACAGAUAAUACUGAGAAGCGAGGAAGAAUUCGAAUCGAGGCACACAUUGUGAACGACCAACUGACCAUUAAAAUUCUGGAAGCCAAGAAUCUUAUUCCAAUGGACCCGAACGGACUAUCCGACCCGUAUGUCAAGUGCAAGUUGAUUCCUGAAGACUCAGGAUGCAAGUCGAAGCAAAAGACGAAAACUUUGCGAGCUACUUUGAACCCACAGUGGAAUGAAACAUUCACCUACAAACUCCUUCCUGGAGAUAAAGACCGUCGUCUCUCUAUCGAAGUCUGGGACUGGGAUCGCACAUCUCGUAACGACUUUAUGGGAAGCUUAUCAUUUGGAAUUUCCGAGCUCAUGAAGGAAGCUGCUUUGGGAUGGUACAAACUUUUAAGUGCUGAAGAAGGAGAAUUUUAUAAUAUAAACAUUACUCCUGAGUAUGAUGAGGAUAUGGAAAAGGUCCGCAAGAAGAUGAAUGACAAUUUCAAAAUCUCCCGUGACUCAAGCGGUGGAAAGCCAAGAGACACUACUCCAAGAUCCACUGCCUCUUCUCUCUCCAAUGCUAACCGUGAUGUCAUCAAGGCAUCUGAUUUCAACUUCCUUACUGUACUCGGAAAAGGAUCGUUCGGAAAGGUUCUGCUCGGAGAGCAAAAAACAACGAAAGAGCUGUUUGCGAUCAAAGUCCUCAAAAAAGAUGUCAUUAUUCAAGACGAUGACGUGGAAUGCACAAUGACUGAGAAGCGUGUCCUUGCGCUUCCGGAGAAGCCUCCAUUCCUUGUCGCAUUGCAUUCGUGUUUCCAGACGAUGGACCGUCUCUACUUUGUUAUGGAAUUCGUCAACGGAGGAGACCUUAUGUACCAAAUCCAACAAGUUGGAAAGUUCAAGGAGCCAGUUGCUGUAUUCUAUGCUGCUGAAAUUGCCGUCGGUCUAUUCUUCCUCCACUCAAAAGGAAUCAUCUAUCGUGACUUGAAAUUGGAUAACGUCAUGCUCGAACGCGAUGGUCAUAUUAAGAUCACAGAUUUUGGUAUGUGUAAGGAAAACAUCUUUGGUGACGCCACCACGAAAACAUUCUGCGGAACUCCGGACUACAUUGCGCCAGAGAUUAUCUUGUAUCAGCCGUAUGGAAAAUCGGUGGAUUGGUGGGCGUAUGGAGUGUUGCUCUUUGAGAUGCUCGCUGGACAACCACCGUUUGAUGGGGAAGAUGAGGAUGAACUUUUCACAGCUAUCACCGAGCAUAACGUAUCUUAUCCAAAAAGUUUGUCCAAGGAAGCCGUCUCGUUGUGCAAAGCGUUACUUAUCAAAAACCCAUCGAAACGUUUGGGGUGCACUGGUGAUGAUGAAUUGGCUUGUAGAGAUAUAAAGGAGCACCCAUUCUUCCGGCGUAUUGACUGGUACAAAAUUGAAACCCGUCAAAUCCAACCGCCAUUCAAGCCUAAACUGAAGACAGAUAGAUCGACCGAAAACUUUGACCAUAACUUCUUGAAACUCCCCACCAAAAUGACACCACCGGACUGGGAAGUUUUGGAAAAUCUCAAGGGCGACGAGUUCAGCAACUUCUCAUUUGUCAAUCCGUAUUAUGUCAAAGAUGUUGAACCGUGA